UUAUAGAUUUUAGGGUUCAUAUUUUCUAUGGCGCUAGCGCUGAGGAGGCUCUCGAGACUUAGGCACUUCUCGACGCAGGUAAAUCUUCGAAGCAAUCCAGACGCUCGCGAUCACGGCCCUACGGCUGGGAAAUAUCGUGGCGAUCGUGGGAGUUCUAGCACGAAGAGCUCUGUUGAUGCGCAAGAAUCCGCCAAAUUCGCUGCUCUUUCUGGAACAUGGUGGGACGAGCUUGGACCGUUUAAACCUUUGCACGCCAUGAAUCCCGUCAGGCUCUUGUUCCUUCGCUCGGGGAUGUGCCGGCAUUUUAAGAAGGAUCCCAUUUCUCCGCGGCCUUUGGAUGGCUUGACGAUCUUAGAUGUAGGAUGUGGUGGCGGGCUUCUGUGCGAACCUUUAGCACGAAUGGGUGCUCACGUGACUGGAAUCGACGCCGUGGAAGAGAACAUCGAAGUUGCAAAGCUACACGCCGCAAAGGAUCCUUUGACUGCUACGAUUGUGUACCAGCAUACCACAGCAGAGCAGCUCGUACAGGAGAAGCAGCAAUUUGAUAUUGUCGCCGCUCUUGAGGUCAUAGAGCAUGUCGCUGAUCCAAUGGACUUCCUCCAGUCCCUGUCGUUGCUGACCAAGCAGGAUGGUGCCGUAGUUAUUUCCACGCUCAAUCGAUCACCUACAUCAUAUAGCCUUGCAAUUUUCGCAGCGGAAUACAUACUGGGCUGGCUCCCGAAAGGGACCCAUGAUUGGUCUAAGUUUCUGACCCCAGAGGAGGUUGCGUUACUUAUGGAACGUGCGUCGCUAACUGUACGAGCUCUGCUCGAGGAGAUGACAGGCAUGUUCUACGACCCGCUGAAGCAAACCUGGCGUUUAGCCGAUGACUUGAGCGUCAAUUACAUAGCCUGGGCUGCCAAGCGAGGAGAAUGAUCGAUGGAGCCGACGCGCCGCUCGUUUGCGACGCCUUGCUGUUCUGAACAAGCUAGAAACACAUAGUUCGAGGGAAAAAGUCAAAAAGAAAUUACUCCGGGACGCGGGAAAAGCCGAAUGCUUGACAUAUGAGUGGCCAACAAAGACUACAGAUCUGUCGGGGGAAACUUUGAGUCACCAGUAGCAGGAAACGUGGCUUUAGGUGGAACUCUACUGUUAAAAGCGCGCGCACGCAGGACAUCAUGCUACCCAUUGGUAGAAGUGGCGGAAGUUGGCAUCGCUUUUGACGGAUCUGGUGGGGUUGAGAAAAAGGUUCCCGCUCUUAAACAGGUGAAAGUAUCGAGAAUUCGCUGGUGGGAUAUUGAGCUUGGACAUUAGUGCAGCCUGGAUUUUUUGUUCCAGGCAGAUCUUCGGGGGCUUGGAAAAUGGUGGAGCAGUCUAGAAAAAGUAACAGGGGGGGAAAAAGCUUGUGAAGCAAAACAGGAGAUUUGUGUCAGGAAUGGAAGUAUGCCCCGUGUGCAUGCACGUAGAAUCUUCAUGGGUACCGGGUGGGCUUUGUCGGUGCGGCUCUGGAGAGAAAGAAACGCUUAGUUUAUGGACUGGCUGUCUGGGCUGGGAAGGAAGGCGAGAUCCAUCUUCGACGUGAAAGAUUCGUUCGAGUAGUUUCUGGAAGAGAAAAAAGAAGCGAAGGCAAACCAGGAAGAUCGAGAGCUGGGGGUGUCUGGAUCGACUGCCAGGAAUCGAUGAGAAAGCACUUGAUAGGAUGGAUUGAUAGAUUUUGGGAUACACUGUCCAUCCUAUCAAAAAUCAGAUAGAGUACGUGAGGAGGAGCGUUUGUCAGGCACUGUCAAUCCUUUCAGUCACCAAACAGGGGCUCGCUCACACAGCUUUGCGUACCACAGCGUACGAGCGAGAUUCUCUGUGGAGAAAUCAUCGAUUUUUUGGUCCAAUUGACAAGCUCUGUGAGUCAGGCGAUCUCUCUCACUUUUUUUUUUUCUCUCUUGCUUUCUUUCCCAACAGCUGCAGAGAGAAAACCACCAAGAGGAACACCAGAAAUCAAUAAUGGUGUGCCUAGAUUCUUUCUCUCAAUGUUCUCUCUUCUUUUUUUUUUUCCUAAGAUCAACCAAUCGAUCGAAAGGA